AUGCCUUCCGACCUCUCCUCAUAUCUCGCAACACGCUACCUAGUAGCAGAUCCGAAACCAACCAAGAAGCGCAAGCGCAAGCAAGCCACCGAAACCCAAGGCCUCAUCAUUGCGGACGACGACGACGCCGGCUGGGGCAACUCCACCGCACAAGACGACGACGCAGAAUCAGGACCGGCCCUCGUAUCAGGCACCUCGGCAGAAUUCAGAAGGACAAAGAAAUCAAAUUGGAAGACGGUCGCCGCCGCCGCCGCUUCAUCAAAACCACAAGGCGACAAUGGCGACGACGACGACAGCGCGGCAGCAGCAAACGCAAUCCUCGCCUCAGCAGCAGCAGAAAACGCAGCAGCCGGAACCGCAGACGACGAAAUGCCCAUAAUCGAAGGAGAGGCUCCCGACGUGGUCAAAAUGAGCGACGGCACCCACGCAGGCCUCCAAUCCGCUGCCGCCGUCUCAGCGCAACUCCGCCGCCGCCAACAAGCCGAAGAAGCCGAGUUCGCCAAACUCCGAAAACACGGCAAGGAAGAGGAAACAGUCUACCGCGACGCCACAGGCCGACGCGUCGACGUCUCCAUGAAGCGCGCCGAGGCGCGCAAACUAGCGCUCGAGGCGGAAGAAAAAGAACGGCUGGCUAAACUGGCGCCAAAGGGCGACGUGCAGCUCGAGAAUGCGAGGAAACGCAGGGAGGCGCUGGAGGAUGCUAAGCUCAUGACGUUUGCAAGGACGGCGGAUGAUGUGGAGAUGAAUAAUGAGCUCAAGGAGCAGGAGAGGUGGAAUGAUCCCAUGGCGCAGUUUUUGAGCGAAAAGACGGGCGGCGGUGGUGCGGGGGCAAAGGGUAAGAAGGGCAAGAGGCGGCCGGUGUAUGCUGGUGCUGCGCCGCCGAAUCGGUAUGGUAUCAAGCCGGGGUAUAGGUGGGAUGGCGUCGAUAGGAGUAAUGGGUUCGAAGGGGACCGGUUCAAGGCAAUUAAUCGCAGGGAGCGGAAUAAGGGACUCGACUACGCUUGGCAGAUGGACGAAUGA